AACAAAUAUGGCGAAGUAGUCUUAGUUUUCGAAGUUCGAAAAUAAUACAGAAUAUUUAACUGUACUUUCCAAAAGCUUUCAAAAUGGCAGCAUCAUUGAAAGGAUUAGACCCAGAUCUAAGGAAGUAUUUGAGGAUCAAUAAGUUACCAGAUAUGUAUGAGGCACUCCUGACAGGCUUAGCAGUCAUGUGUCCGGAGGAUCCCCUACAGUUUAUUCUGGACAGGCUUCGACUCAUCAAAGAAAUUGGACUGGAAAACUUGCAGUGGGACAUGUUUGUUGAGGAGAGUGAGAAACCCAAAAUGAGGUUUUUCUCUGAAAGCAACCUGGACUUUCUAUUCAACUUUGAUGAAUACUUGUUGCCAAGUCCUGAGAUGGCUAUGCUUGGCUGGAUGCAGUAUCAUCUGACGGAACAGAAAAAAGAAGGAGAAAAUACUGAAGAAAUUGAAUCUGGCAGCUUCGACAUCAUUCCCACGAGCAUGUUCAAGUGUACACCUCAACAUUUUACGG